CUUUUUCUUUUUCUUUUUUUCUCUUCAUUUCUGAGUUGAUUUUUUUCUCUCUCAACAUCACAAUGGCCAAGUCAUCGACUCCUCUGAUGGCCAUGUUGGCUGCCGUCGUGCUGAUGCUGGCACUGACCGCCAGCGCCGAAACAAUCUUGGAACAGCUCACUGCUGAUGGCCAAUACACCCAAUUCCUCGACUUUGCAUCCCAGUAUGGCCUGAACGAGACCAUUCUCGCAAACACAACAACGACCUUCACCGUGUUUGCGCCGACGGAUGCUGCUCUGCAAGCGCUGACGCCAGACCAGCUGGCCCAGUUCACGGCGGGAGGAGCCGCGUCCAUCCUCUACCUCGUUUUGGACGGAAAGGUGCAACGCUCGGACUUGCACACCAACGACCUCCGCGCCACGCUUGCCGGCACGACCUUUGUGGUCGGCAACUACCCUGCCGCCCAGAACAACCUCUUCACCUUCAACGGCAUUCCCAUCGACCCCACCGUGGCGGAUGUCAGCAAUGGUCUGAUCUUCCCGCUCAACACGACCGUGCCGCUCCUUCCCACCAACUACAUGACGGGCGCCAUCGCGUCCGGCACGAUUGGCAAUGUCGCCGUCUCUGUUUUUGCCGCGGCCGUGGCCCGUCUUCCCCUCAUUGCUGAGCGUCUGAACACCUCGGGCCCUUACACGCUGUUUGUCAUGUCGGACGCUGCCAUCUCGGCUGUCUUGCCCGAUGCCGCGCUCGCGAACGACGAGUUUAUGACGCAGUUGCUGCUCCUCCACAUCUCGUCCGGUGCGUGGUUUUCCUCUGCCAUCAACGCCACUCUGCAGGGCAGUGCCUCGUUUGAGUUGACGUCGCUCAACACCAAGCCGCUCAGCGUGGCGGUGAACGCGACCGACGACGGUGGUGUGGCCCUGAACAACGGCCAGGCGCGCAUUGUUGCCACUGACGCCACCCAAAUCAACGGUGUCAUCCAUGUCAUUGAUGGCGUGCUGCUGUUCAAGCCCUCCGAACUGCUCGCUGCCCUCAAAGGCUUCUCCAACCUGACCGCCCACCUUUCCACUGCCGGCCUGCUGGCGCAGCUUGAUGCUGGCAGCAACUUUACGCUGUUUGCUCCCACCGACGACGCCUUUGCCGCCCUCAGCUCGGCCCAACAGAACGCGCUCGUCAGCAGCCCCGCCGCGACGAAAGAGUUGCUUUCUUACCACGUUGUCAGCGAGCCGGUCAAGACGCUCGACAUCUCCCUGCCCAUCAUCUCGAAGCCAACGCUGCAAGGCGGUCAAAUCAACCUCGGCAUGUACAGCUCUGGCGCGUACUUUGUUGGCAGCGCCGAGCUCGACUACGACACGGUCGACCUGCCCGUCGCUGGCGGCAGCUAUCUUCAAGCGCUGGAUGGCGUCAUCCACAACGUUGGCUCUGAGCCCGUGAGUGCCUUCUUCACGCCAUCUACGCCCCUUCUCUACACUUCGAGCGACAAGUUUACCACCUUCCUCGCGCUGGCAGCCAACACUGACCUGAACCAGCUGCUGAACGGCUCGCUCAAUUCUUUCGUGACUGUCUUUGCUCCGUCUAAUGCUGCCUUUGCGAGCCUCGACACGGCCGUUGUUUCCUUCCUGAUUGCCAACCCCGACGUUGCAAUCUACCUCCUCGGGUUCCACGUUUCCGAAGGAGCGCCGUACUCCCUGUCCUUCGACUUUUCGACGACGCCCUCGCCUCUGGUAGCCGUGUCUGGAGGCGACUUUUACGUCGAGCAACCCGUCGAAGGCACCCUUCGUGUGCAAAAUACCUCAACCACCCGUUCCGUGGACUGGAUUGGCGCCAAUGGCGCCGUUCAUGUGCUUGAUUCCGUCCUCGUCCCUCCAGCCCGUAUCUCGGUUGCCCUUGUGUUUAACAAUCUCACCACCUUUGCAACUCUCCUCAGGAAUACUUCUUUGCCGAGCUUGAUUGAUCCUGGCAGCUACACUUUGAUUGCGCCCACCAACGCCGCAUUCGCCAGCCUUGAUCCCGCCGUUAUCGACCGUCUCCAUACGGACAGUGACUUUUUGCUGGCUUUCCUGCAGUUCAACAGUGUGAUCGGCGAUCACCCUUACGACACUCUGGUUAGCAGCACGAGCGCCAUUCUGCUGCCCAACAUUGCCAACUCGGUUGUUCGCUUUGACACGUCUGAUACCACCGUUUUCGCCCAGGGUGCCCGACUUUCCUCGGCGCCCAUCCAACCCACCUCGGGUAUCAUUCUUAUCGUCGACAAGGUGCUGCUGCCUCCGACGGGCGACUUGCUCGCUGUGCUCGAAACCCUGAACAGCACGAGUGCUGUGGGUGCUGUUCUCGGCAACACGACCUUGCAGGGCGCGCUUUCUAGCCCCACUGCCAACCUCACUGCCUUUGUGCCCAGCAACGCUGCGUUCGAGACGAUUCCGUCGCAAGUGCGUGGCGUGUUUGCGGGUUCGUUGCUCUCCAAGAUUCUCGCUCACCACAUCGUCCCGGAUCAGCUCGUGUAUGGCGCCCUCCUCCCCGACUUUAUCAACAAGUCUUUCACGACGCUGCAGGGCGACACCAUCGGCCUGGCCUUUGCCAACUCGGAGUUUGUCAUUACUCCCGAUAACGCCAAGGUGGUUUCGCUGGAUGCGGCACCUGCCUCGAACGGCAUUGUGCACUUGAUCGACACUGUGCUUCUGCCAGUCUUGAACACGUUCGACGUGCUCCAGUGGGACUCGUACGUGACCUUUGCCUCAAAGCUGCUGCAGACCAACCAGAGCGCCCUGCUCGAGACGGCGCCCAUCGUCACCGUGUUUGCGCCGUCGGAUCUGGCAUUCUCCAAGCUCACGCCGCAGGAACUGGCAGACUUUAACGACCUCACCUUUGCCAGCGAUGCAUUUGACUACAUGAUUCUGACCCAACAAUUCAAUGCGUCCGACGCCACUGACGGCCAGCAGCUCCAGGACGAUGGUCUCAUCUUGUUCGUCAACAAGAUUGGCAACAAGGUCUAUGUGAAUGGAAAAGCGCUCGACCUCGCGCCAGCUGUUACGUCGAACGGCGUGAUUUAUGGCAUGGACGACGUUGUCUUUUUGCCCACCAACACGGUCAACGAUGUGCUGGCAGUGCUGACUCCCCAAUUCUCCGACCUGGCUCAGCUUGUCGGCUUGAACACCACGCUGGCCAGCUCGACCGACGUGUUCACCGUGUUUGCGCCAACCGACGAUGCUCUCGCCGCGCUGCCUGCGGACGUUGUGGCUGGCGUGUACCCCGCCCUCCUGACCAAGAUUUUGCAGCACCACGUUGUGCCCAGCACUGUUCUGUUUGACGUGGUCAUCCAGGCGAGCUUUGGUCGCCAAUUUACCACGCUGACUGGCGAGAACAUUACGUUUGCCGCAGGCGCAGCUCCCGGCGACGCUGUUCUCAACCCUGGCACGUGCGCCAUCAGCGCGCUGGACUCGCUCAACGUCAACCUUGCCAACAAUGGCGUUGUUCAGCUGCUCGCCGAAGUCUCGCUGCCCGCGUUUGACGUGCUCGACCAAAUCCAGUACAACGGCUUCCAGUCGUUUGCCGAAGGCCUCGCGACCGUCGCGCUCGACCAGCCUGUUGCCACCAGCCCCGCAGUCACUGCAUUUGCCCCGUCCGAUGUCGCCUUUGCCAACCUCACCGCCGCUCAGCAGGCGCAGCUGGCGGAUCCCGCCUACCUCAAGCUGGUGCUCCAGACCCACCUGCUCCCCAUCGUUCUUCCUCCCUCGCAGUUCGUCGACAGCACCUAUGUUCAGUCGAUCGCGUCUGGCGUUGGCAGCAAGCUCAUCCUCAACCACUACGAAGGCCAGGAUUACGUCAACGGCAUCAAGGUCAACUCUGCCAUCAGCGGCACCAACGGCAUCGUCUUUGGCCUCGACGAGGUCAUCUUCCCGGUCAACGUGUCGCUGUUUGGUGCCAUCUCCCAGCUGCCGAGCGAUCUGUCCACGUUUGUUUCCAAGGUCCAGCUCGGCAACCUCGAGGGCUUGCUCAGCAACACCGACCGCAUCUACACGGUGUUUGCCCCGUCGAAUGCCGCCUUUGCCGCCUUUGAACACGACUCGCGCCUCGACAAUGCCGACUUUGUCUCCAAGCUCAUUCAGUCGCACAUGGUCAGCUCGGCGCUCUACGCCCCUGGCAUCACCAACGGCAAGUCCGUGUUGACUGUUGGCGGCACCCAAGUUGUUCUGCACACCAACGGCACCAACAUUUUCUUUGACACUGCGCUCGCAUACAAGAUCAAUCUGCCCGCUGCCAACGGUGUCCUGUACGUCAUCGACAAGGUCAUCAUCACUCCUGCGCCCCACGAUUCCGGCAGCAGCAGCAACAGCGGUGCCAUUGCCGCUGGUGUCCUCGUCCCUCUCUUUGUCAUUGGUGCCGCCGUGGGCUACUACCUGUACCGUCGCCGCCAGGCCCGUUACCAGUACUCUCCUCUGAUUUAAAAAGAGUCAGGCGAGCAGGACCCUUGGACGCUUUGGUUGAAAUUCUUCUUCUUGAGCAGAUGGUCCCUUUUGUUUCUUUCAAUACACUUGACAAAAAAUGUCGUCGUUAUUCGAUUCGAUUGCUCAG